AUGCCACGUACAGCUCUGACUUUGUCAGAUAAAGUUAAACUAAUCGAGUUGAAGGAGACACAAAAACUAAGUAUGAAGGAACUUAUUACUAGAUUUAAAUGUGGAAAAACUCAAGUUUACGACGCGAUAAAAAAUAAAGAAAAGAUUAUGGAUGAAUGGGUAAAUAGCAAAAACUCGGGAAAGAGUAAAAGAGUGAAAACUCCCUCAUUUGAACAAAUUGACCAAAAGUUGUAUGAGUGGUUUGUCAGCGUUCGGUCAAAAAAUUUGCCAAUUUCCGGUCCAAUUAUACAAACAGAAGCUAUGAAAUUGGCUGAAAAAAUGAAUGUCAAAGAUUUCAAGGCUUCGAACGGUUGGCUAGAAAAAUUUAAAAAAAGGCAUGACAUUGUUUGGAAACAAGUUAGUGGUGAGGCUAAUGACAUUAAUCAAGAAACUGUGGUGGAGUGGAAGCAAAAUAUAUCAAGACUCACUGCUGGAUAUGAAGCAAAAGACGUGUACAAAGCUGACGAAACGGGUCUUUUUUUCAGAGGUAUUCCUACUAAGUCACUAGUACAGAAAAGUGAGUCUUGUUCUGGAGGGAAAAAAGCAAAGGAUUGCUUAACAGUGCUCAUGUGUGGUAGUAUGGCUGGAGAAAUUAGGAAGCCAUUGGUAAUUGGCAAGUCUAAAAAACCACGUUGUUUUAAGAACAUGGACAUUUCUUCGUUACCUGUCAUAUGGAAAUUUAAUAAAAAAGCCUGGAUGACAACAGAGAUAAUGGAGCAGUGA